CACUACCCGGCUUCCGUAGAUUUCCGCAACAGAAACAUAGUCAAUGACAGAGCAUGAACAGACAUCGCUCCAAAACUACACAACUGCUUGCCGUAGUUGAAACUGAAACUGAGAGACGAUGGCAUUCUCUCUGGAACCUGUACAUGCCAACCCAGACUUGGUGGAAGACACCAUAAGCCUUUUGAAAGAGGAAUGGCCGAAUUGUUUAGCGGAGAGGUUGCAUUUGCUAGAAACUCCGCAAUGUACAGGUCUACCAUGUUCGUUAAUAAUGGUGGAGACGCGAGGGGGCGCUACAACGACAAAGGAAGUUGUCGGUCACUUGAGAGUGUGUGAGGUCGUCGGAGACGAAAACCGAGUUUAUGUUGAAUCAGUUGUGAUCAAGAAAAGCAGAAGGAAUAGCGGACUAGGUAAAAAAAUGCACCAAUUGUUGGAAGACUACGCCAGGAGAUGUCUAAAAGUGCGGUACAUCCAGCUUGCAUGUCAGCAUCAGGAGACGGCAGACUUUUACAAGCACCUUAAAUACUCACCUCGGGCGACACUUGCACCCGUCAUUGCUGCAAAUAUUUGUCGUACAUACCCUGGAAUCAGAUACAAAGGCUUGGUUGUUCCUCAAGAGUGGGAACACUUUUAUGAGAGCGAGAAAGGGCUUGAACCGACACCAUCCAAUAUUCAACGCUUUGUGAUGGACUUGGAUAAAUCGUGCACAUCAGAGUAACAUAUCAUUGCUAUUCUACAUAGGCCUACAUAUCGAUUCCAUCCUAUACAUGCAUGAUCAUGACGUCAUUUGAGCAGGGCGCCCUCGGCUAUAAAGGUAAAAAGAAGGUCUGCCUGCGAGCCUGAAUAUCUGACGUCGAACUUCGAGAUGGUUCUGGCGAUGCAGUUAAAUGCGAUGUACCGUGUAAACAUGUAAAGCCAACACAUGCCAUUAUCCUUGUUGGUAAUGACAGGGGACCAGUCUAAUGUGCCACGCGUAUUUGAAUGCAGUUUUAUCAAAGAUGACGGCUUGACGACAGCUUGAUGAUGUUAAUGCACCAGUUAGGAGUUACCUAAUUUAACGGAAUUUAACUCGUCAUAAGUCGAUCCUAAGAUAAAUCCUAAGUUAGAAAAAGUUUGGCGAAAUCGUUGGCCGGGCCAUGGAUCUAUAUUAAGAUCAAUGAACAGGCAGAGCCAUUCUAAAACAUUUCGGUCAUAAUGAAAUGAAAUGAGGCUUUUAAAUUUUAAAUUAAGUCUAUAGGUACAGCAGCCACAAUGUGCAAAAUAAGCCUAUAACUAGGGCUAUUAUUGACAUCCACAGCCGUAUCUUUAACUGCUUUAUUGAAUAAAGUGACAAGGAAAAUUUACUUCUUACUGAAUGCAGUUUACAGCAGUGGCGCUUGACUUCAACAAUCUUUUAUUUAUAUACUGCAGUAUGAAUUAAGUUACCAUUUUAUCCGAGACUGAGACUCUGGAGACGAGGAAAGAGGAGACGAGGAGAGAGCAGCGAGAAAAAUGGCUUUCCCGGGCGACGAUCGGACUUUAGACCGCGUAGUAUAGGACUACUGUAGAUUCAUGAUGACAUGGUUUGUAUACGAUGUUUGAUCGAAACACGGUAUUGGAACAUUGUAACUAUAGCAACAAUAAUUUAAUCUAAGCAUAAGCAUAAUCAUUGAAAGCGGCUAAAAAAUGAGGAGGCGGGUUAGGACAAGUGAUCUUACUUAUUCUGUGAAAAAUUAGGGCUCAAUAUUGAUCAUUAAGUUGAAACAAGAAAAAAACACCAUAUUUGUUGCAUUACUUUGUCAGAUGCACAAUUUAGCGUAUAGCGUCAUUCUUUUUCGUGACACACACGCCUCAAGAAGCGUCUGCGAAUUUGAGUGCUGCUUAGAUGAAUUGUUGCCUAUCUCCUUCAUUCUUAUUUAAAUUUUAUGUUGGUUUAAUAACGUUUUGUUUAUUUCCCUUUAAUGUAUGUAACUUGAUGUUUUUUACCUUGUAAAUUCAAUUGUAAUUUAGCUUUUGGCUACAAAUAUUUGAAUAAAAUACCUUGAAUUGAA